GUGACAAAGUGAAACCGGCUGUGGAACAAAAAAACCCCAAAAACACCCUGAAAUAUCUUUCGGAGAAUGUUGUCAUCAAUUCGUAGCUGUUCAAGAAUCCUCCCACAUCUCAGGCAAGCAAUUGUCCUGCAAAAAUUCCCCACAGAACUUCCGGGAAUCUCCUACCGGCGGUGUAUCUCACUCACACAGCGUUGGGAUAAGAGUAAGGACAAGAAGAAGGAUAAGAAGCCGGGAAAGGUGGAGAUAAAUGAGGAGAUUCUGCGGGAACAUGUGAAGUACGAAGCAUUGCUGGGGCAGAUGGAGAAGGCAAUUGAAAAUCUCAAGGAGGACUACAUCCGGAAUAUUUCUCUGCGUUCCUCAACGGGCGCACUGGAAGAGUUGAAGGUUCGCGUGGAUGGGAAGGAGCAUAAAUUGCAGGAAUUGGGACAGAUUAUCCGGAAGAAUCCACAGGUGAUUGUGAUAAAUCUCAGUGGAUUCCCGCAGACUAUUCCCGCCGUGUUGGGGGCACUGCAGAAGAGUGGGAUGAACCUCAAUCCACAGCAGGAUGGGACGACGCUCUUUGUCACUGUGCCCCCCGUGACGAAGGAGCAUCGUGAGCAGCUCGCCAAGGGGGCAAAGGCGCUCUUCAUCAAAUGCCGUGAUACCAUCAGGACGGCCCAGAAUGACACAGUGAAGAAGAUCCGCAAAUCCGGGAGUAUCAGUGAGGAUGUUGGCUUCAGCAUUCAGCAGCAAGUUGUGGCAAUUGGGGAUAAAUUCGUGGCAGAAGCAGAGAAAAUUCACGAUGUGAAGCACAAAGAGCUUCUUGGGGACAGGAAGUAGUUCUAAUUUGUUGUCUCUGUUGCUUCCGGAAGGUGCUGGAGGAAGGUUUUUUGAGGAGAUUUCUUCGGCGAAUAAAAUUGUUCAAUAUAGAGAUUUAUUAAUAAAGGAUUUUUAUAGAAAAUUCA